CGUAGUAAUGAAAUUCAAUUGUAAAUCUGGAAUUUUAUUUUGGGGAAAUAGAGCAUUAGCAAAACAUCAAACAACGAAAAAGUUACGUCAACAUAUUUUUGUAUUAUAUUUUUUCUGUUACGCACACCGAUAAUACUAUAUCGUAUAUAGUAUCAACCUUCCAUCCAAAGUCUAGAAUUCAAAGGUGUAGAAAGUCUGCGAUUGACUAAAACAAUUUGAUCCAAAGACUUUUGAUUGUUUUCUUUCCACUAUAAAUACUUCUUUUGUUAGCCUCUUCAUAUAAACAUUCACCUUUCAAACUCUACAAGACUUCCAAGAGAAUCAAUAUAAUUAACAAAAUGAGCCACCACAGCCACCUCUUACUUUCUACCCCUCAAACCGAGAAAGAAGCAGAGACGCAGAAUGAGUCAGAGAACAGCGUUUGGCGUUUCAAAGGCAGCGACACCGCAGCUAAAGCCUCCAGCGUCACAAUGAGAGUUAUCGUCUACAAGCUCUUUGAUCUUUGCACUCCAGACAUCAGAAAGCCUCUUUUACCACUUGCACACGGUGACCCUUCUGUCUACCCUUGUUACCGCACCUCCAUCCACGUCGAGAACGCCGUCGCCGAUGUUCUCCGCUCCGGCAAGGGUAACUCUUACGGUCCCGCCGCCGGAAUCCUCCCUGCUAGACAGGCGGUAGCUGAUUUCGUGAACCGGGACUUAACGAACAAGGUAACGCCUAACGAUGUAUAUAUGACCGUGGGAUGCAACCAAGGGAUAGAAGUGCUGAUGCAGGCGCUGGCUGCACCAAAUGCCAACAUCUUUCUCCCACGGCCUAGUUACCCUCACUACGAGGCUCGUUGUGUCUACAGUGGACUCGAGGUCCGCAAGUACGAUCUCCUUCCCGAGAAUGAAUGGGAGAUUGAUAUCCAAGGCAUCGAAGCCAUGGCAGAUGAGAACACUGUCGCAAUGGUUAUCAUAAACCCUAACAAUCCCUGUGGAAAUGUUUAUUCUUACGAUCAUCUCAAGAAGGUUGCGGAGAUGGCUAGGAAGCUGGGGAUAAUGGUGAUCACUGACGAAGUUUAUAGCCAGACAAUCUUUGGAGACAAUCCUUUUGUUCCAAUGGGGGAGUUUGGUUCGAUAGCUCCGGUUAUCACUUUGGGUGGUAUAUCGAAAGGAUGGAUUGUUCCUGGUUGGAGAAUCGGUUGGAUCGCUUUGAAUGAUCCUAAAGGCAUCUUCAAGUCCACAGGGGUGGCUCAAUCUAUCCAACAGAAUCUUGACAUAACUCCAGACGCUAACACUUUGGUUCAGAAUGCGCUUCCUCAGAUCCUGGAGAAGUCUAAUAAAGAGAUGUUUGCGAAAAAGAAUUCAAUACUAAAACAAAACCUAGACUUGGUCUGUGAUAAGCUCAUGGACAUUCCUUGCGUGGUCUGCACGAAGAAACCUGAGUCAUGCACUUACUUAUUGACAAAGCUGGAGCUUCAGUUGAUGGAAGACAUAGAGGAUGAUAUGGAUUUCUGUAUGAAGCUAGCCGCAGAAGAAAACCUCGUUUUGCUACCAGGAGUGGCUUUGGGACUGAAGAAUUGGGCAAGGAUAACGAUCGGAGUAGAAGGCCGGAUGCUUGAGGAUGCACUUGAGAGACUCAAAGGCUUCUGCCAACGCCAUCUGAAGAAAACAGAAGUUUCUCUUCAAUCUCUGAAGCUCAGUGACAAUGGAGAAAUCUAAACACAACUCUUCUAUACAAAAGACAAUACACAACCCAUAUAAUAAAGAUGAAAUAACAAACCCACUAGGGUAUUAUUGCAUUUUCAGUUACAAAACUCUGUUUUUAUAUUAAAAAAAUCUGAUUCAUUUGUUUUA